AUGAAGUUCCUUGUUUUAAUAUUGGCCGUGGUGCCUAUUUAUGCUACUGGUGAUGUGUUUGGUGACCUUUUGGGACAAGAAUUUCAAUACGCUACCAUUGACCACGUUCGCGACAGAAGGCAAGCUGGUCACUUACGUACAGUGAACCAAGCACCAGCUCAGAUCCAGCAACUUUUACACGCACAGCAAUUUCGUCCACCCGUAGUGCCAGUUCCGGCGCAACCAAUUCCAAAACUGGGACCAGCUCAGCCUAGCCAACCUCAACAGCUAUCGCAGGCCCAGGUCUCGCAAUACCGGCCGCAAGUGCAAUUUGCUUCUGGCGUUCAGCAACCGGACUAUAGAUCAAUUCCAUUGGGCGGCGGCCAGAAACCAAUUCUUCCACAGCAACCGCAGUAUCGCCCUCUUCCUCAGCAAAAUUUUAACGCCGCGCCGCAGUACUCGUCCAAAUUACCACCACACAUUCAACAAUUGUUGCAAUUCCAAAACAAUCUGAGUAACUCAAUUCCUCGAAGAGCGUAAUCAAACUUGGAAGGUGGUUGCAAGAUUGCUGUAUAGAACUUUUGCUUGGUCAUGAAAAGUGAUAUUUUUGGUUUUCAUUUGAAAGUCGUUCUUUUGCAUGAUAACUGAUUUUUGUAUAUUUUUUUCUUGUUAAAAGGUUUGAAGGUAAA